AUGUAUUCCUGCCAAUCGCUUUAUAUCCACUGGAAACCGUGGGCCGCUAAAUCUACAGACAUAUUGAAUAGAGCCAAUCUCUUAUAUCGAGCAAGUUUCCUCGAUCAAAAGAACGCAGAAAGUCCACCUCUAUGAAAAUUAACUCCAUAGUGACGCGGUCUCACAAAACCAACGAUCCAGAUCAUUCAGCAUUGCACGAAGGGGGAGCUCUAGGCCAAGAGAGUCUUCCCCGCUAUUUUGCCAAGUCAGGACCUGUGGAUGCUGAUCCCCGGAAGACAAAGAAAGAUGGAGGCGGAAAACGAAACUGGGGCCGCUCUGGCGAUGAAGUGCACGACUAUGGCUACAAGUUUACAAACACACGACGUCACUCAAACAGUAGCGCCCAGGGAAUUGCGGACUUCAAGACAAAAUUUGAAGCCGUUGAACCAGAGCCAGUCUUUGAAGAGACUGUGCAUGGGCCCGAUGCCUUUCCCGCGGAUGACGACAUGGUAAGGAAAGUUGAUAGCAUCAACAGUGAUACCACUGAAGGUAGUGAAGUCCCUUCGAACAAGCCAUAGCUAUAUCAGGCGAGGUAGCCAGGGAUCAAAAUGAGGAUUUUUCAAGAGUGAUCCUGCACAGACACGGUAAACCAGCAAGAGCUUUGUAUCACAAAGGUGACGAUCUUCAGUUUAUCAAAGACCCCUGCUAGGAAAUAUG